AUGUCGGCUGACCCUGAAGCAGCCGGAUCCAGCUCGGGGACUUCAGCAGGCGGCCCAGGGACUUCUGCAGGCGGCCCCGGGGUUGUAGCACCCAAACCCGGCCCGGGGACUCCAGAACCGGGCCUGAGGACCGCUGUAGUCAGCUCGGGGACUUCAACGAUGCAACAAGCAGCGGCCGGCUCCGACCCGCCGCCUCCCAACCCGACCACCCUAGUACAUGUUGCUGUCAUGACGAUGGUCGAAGCUCCGUUUUGGGCGCAACCCAUCCUCAACUUUCUGGUGAGCCGCGAGCUACCAGCCAACGAAGUCUUGGCCCAGCAGGUGCAACAUCGGGCGACUGCAUACACGAUCAUCAACAGAGAGCACGUCAGGCGUAGUGCGACUGGCGUCUUCCAGCGCUGCGUUGAGCCGGAGAAGGGCAUCGCAAUCGUCAGGGAUAUUCAUCAAUGCGAAUGUGGCCACCAUGCCGCCUCCAGAUCCCUCGUUGCCAAAUCUUUCCACCAUGGUUUCUUCUGGCCGACUGCUUUGGACGACGCCAAGGAGUUGGUCCGCAAAUACAAGGAGUGUCAGCAUUUCAGCACCAAGCAGUACCUGCCGACUUCUGCACUCAAGACCAUUCCCAUCACCUAG